UGCACACCGUCAGGAGUUGGUUUGAUCACUUCUUUAACUGUGGGUUUAAAGGGCAAAGUGCAAAGAUAGUGGUUUGUUUUUUAAAGCAACAAUGGUCACAACUUGAUUCAAUGUCCUGUUCACCUUUAUUACAGCUUUCGUGUUGUUGGGGUUUUUCCGGUCUGUACUCUUCUGCAAGAAUGCGUCUCCGUCUGGGACACCAACACAGAGGGGUGAAAGGUCUGCGCACUUACAGCGUAAGCCUACGUGAAAAAGGGCCGAAGAGCUGAACUUUGAACCAAACAAGAUAUCCGGCGUGAUAAAAGUGUCCACCGUGAGCAUGAUGGUUAACCACACACCGCUUACCUUUUCAGGUUAAUGAUAACCAUCCAGCUGCAAAAACAGAACAUCAUAAGUCUGCAGAAAGUUGUAAGAAAGUCGCCUCGCAGUCGUAGAAGAGAGGACAUCAUCAAUAUUUCACCGCGCUCAACUCAUCACCUGACGGAGCGGCGGCGCAGCUCUGCGCAUGCGCAGUAGCUCUCCCACUGCCGCACCGUCAACUCUUCAGGAGUUUCACAGACAAAUGCGAAAUAAACGACGGAAAAGGAGGAAACACGAGCUCUCUUUAACAUAAAUGUCCAAACAAAGCCAUUCGACCCGUCCCAACUCAUACUUUGAGACAGUUUUUUUUAUCCUUCUACGUUGCAUUACCUCCAUCUUGCUGUCCCCUUCUCGUGCACAGGUGAGUGACAUCACAUCGCUUAUGAGCUAACGUCAGCUAAAGUGGGGGAAAGCGUGCUGAGAGAGGAAAGUCCGGCCCAACAUCCCGUCAUAGGCUGACUGACCACCUGGCUCAGAGACAGAGAACAGGGGAGCAGCCUUUGGAAUAAUCCACAUGAACGGAAAUACACCUGUUGGCCACAUCUUCAUAUAUACAACCAGAAGCUGACGGAUCUUUGUGCGUUCUUUGCUCUCCUUCAAACCCCCCCUGUGUGCUGAGGACAGAAGGUGCUGCUUACUGAUGAGAAAGUGAUACGCCACUGUGAUGCGUUCCAACGGGAUAUAAAAUCAUUUCUCCGGCGUUGAUACUUUGUGAAUCACAUUCAUGGCUCAAGGCAGCUACAUCUUGAGAACGGAGUCAGCCGGUCAAAACACUGAAAAGUCCGUUCCUAACUACCUGGGGAUCGACUACGGCUAUCAGUGGGACGUGGACAACCUCAAGUUUGUGAAUAAUUUCCAGCCCGGCGACACCAUUAAGCGUCUAAGCCUUAAGAGGAGGCCCAGGGUGGCCGCCAACAAUGAGGAGAGCAAACCGAGUGCCAGUUCCUCCAGCCAGUGGCACUCAGAGGAAGCCUCGGCAUCAUUAAGCAGUGACGAUACAAGACUACUCGGCAUGUCUUCUUCAACCAGAGGUCGUCCUCCUCUUCCUCCACCACAUGGUUCCCCGUCGGAUAACAAACCCUGCGGGAAUGACAGAGCAGCAGCAGCCUCUCAGACACCUGAUGAGUCCAAGCCUCGGCCUGCUGCCAGAUCUCUUGCUUCACAAAGACCAAGCCCCGUGUUGGAAAAGACCUCAGUGGAGACCCUCAAACACUCGGAUCAGGAGGUGAGCAGGCGGCUUCCGCCUCAGCCGCAUCCCCGGCGCCGGCUGGCCAGCUUCGGAGGGGUGAGCUCGCAUGGGUCGCGCUCCCCCUUCACUGGCCUGGGCGCAUAUAAUCAGAACAACAACGGGAACAAGCCCGCCGGCUCAGGAAGCGACGUGAAUGUCCACCGUAGCUCGUCCAUGGGCAGUAGAGGCAGCACGGGAUGCCUCAGGCUGGGCGCGCAGAGCUCUGGAAGGACCGCCUCGGUUACGAGUCUCGGCCCCACGCACCUUCAGCACGUCCGUGACCAAAUGGUGGUAGCUCUGCAAAGGCUGAAGGAGCUGGAGGAGCAGGUCACGAUCAUACCCAUCCUCCAGGUGAGAAUCGCAGUCCUCCAGGAGGAAAAGAGGCAACUGGUCUCCCAGUUCAAGACCCGUGAUGACAACGAGGAUGCCAAGGAUGUGAUCUGGAAGAGAGCGCGUAGCGCGGACAACUCUGACAUUGAGAACACGGUGAAUGUGGAGGAAGGACUCGAGGGCACAAUGAGUAGCGACUGCGGUGACCUCAAGGAGUUCAGGGAACUGACCGAGGAGAUACACGCACUGGAAAUAACCAUCAAGAGCGGACAUCUGGAAGAGUGGAAUGGAAAAGAUAGUAAGCUGUUGCUGGACAAAACCAUGAAAUCAGUCGCAGUUGGAACAGAUGAAGAUACGGACACAGCGUUGUCUAAACCAAAAAAAGAAAACAAAUAUGUGCACACUGAUCGGGUAGAGAUGAGGUCAGUUGGAACGGAAGUAUCUGAAGUUAAUCUGGGAAUUUACACAGAACGGGAAGCAGAGAUUGAUGCCCAACAACUCAUAAUCAAUGCCUCAAAAGAGAGAAUUUGUCAAUUAGAAACCCAGUUGAAAGAAUCCGCUCUCCAGACCGAGAUGAGCCGUCUGAAACUGGAGCUCCUGGUGGCGGGAGCGAGGAACCGAGCUGAUAAAGCCUCCUUUGCUAGACCCUCCACUGUGAGCACAGGCACCGAGACAAGGCCUCACACCACAAGCCAGGGAGUUGGCAAUCACACAGAGCUCCGAGAUGCAAGCACAGGGGACGCCACAGAGGUGAAGACCGUUGGAGUGUCCUGUUGCGGGGCCGAGAUGAAUAAUGUUUGCACAGGACCAGAUGUACCGAUGUGCCACUGGGAGGUCAGGGAGCGAGUGGAGACCGCGGAGAAGGGCGUGGGGAUCCAGGUCUUAACAAACACACAAGGCGUUGGGAUGGAGAUAAAGUUGUGUGAUGCCGAAACCAACACAGAGGCGCCGCAGGAGAAAAGAAAGAUUGAGUCUAGUUCGGUGGGUUGCGGCGACUGUUCGGUUGACGUGAUCAUCUGCCGGGCGAAGGAGGUGGUUUCUCAAGGUACCGCCACAGAUCAAGUCAAAGGAGUGGAUCUGGGAAUCAUGGCUUCACCCCAGACAGCUUGUCAGCGAAACAACACUGUGUCCUGUUCAGUGUCCCGCUUCACCAACACCCGACACGCCUUCAGCACAGACUCCAGCACCAACACCGUCCUAUGUACCCAGAACAAGCACACCAACACCACUCAGGCGGUCACCAGGACCGUGUCAGUAGGCAAAAGGGUCAAAGACCCCAAACCCGCCCCGGAGACCCGUACCGUUGGCGUAGGAACAGAAAAUCUGCCGGGAAGUGCCUUUAAACAAACGCCAGGGACAGUCGCCAGGGUAACCCGAGACGCCGGCGUUGGAUUCACAAACUUUAAAGAGAAUUUCCUGGUGGGGUUGAAAACUCGAAACAUGGCCUCCGGACCCUCCCAUCUGCCCGACCCCGUCAAGACAAGGAGCAUCGGCGUGGGGGAGGGGAGGAUACGGGAUUUGGCGGCUUCGUCCAGCUCACCCGGCCAAACGAUACAGCGAUCUCCACAGUCCCAAUGGGAACCCGGGCUGAACCACUACAUAGAGAAGAUGCACUGGCUCCUCCGGGAGCACGGGGACCUGCUCACAGAGGACCUCCACGGCCCUCAGAGGGACGGCUUCGCCCAGCAGCGCAGUAGCCGGGGAAAGGCCGACGCCGACCUUUCCCGCGAUAGCAAGGCGGCAACACAACGAGAAACCGAAGUCUACGCUUUGGAUUCUCAGCAGACAGUGGGCAGAGAGCUCCAGUCUCCUUCACAACUCUUAGCCGACUCCUCUGACUGUGACAAAGCAAACCAAGCUAAGUCCCAACAUGUGGUCAAUGAUUCAGAAGUGAGAAGAAUGAUACAGAUGUUGGAACAACAGACGUCCUCAGCUGCUCUGCGAGACGUGGCUGUGGGGUCUGUAAUAAAGAAACAAAACGGAGAACAAGGCUGUAGCGGGAAGAGCAUGACGCUCAUGAGGGUGACUACGGGAUCAUCUCACGAGCUGCCUCCGAGCGAGAAGGCCCACUCUGAGGUAUUGGAGAGCAGAAGGAGCAAAAAGUCAAGCGAAGCUUCUCAAGACGGCAGAAAGGGAAAAGGAAAUUCCAAAAAGGAAUCUAGAUGUUCUUCAAAAUCACAUUCACAGAGGGGCAAGAUCAGUGAAACGAUGUUUUCUGCUUGUCAAGCUUUGAAGGUUCAUCUGAGUGACAGUACUGCUUUAUCCAGUGGGGAACUGCACGACUGCCUGCAAACGCUCCGGCACGACUGGUUCUCUGUGUCCGGCCACAAGUCAGCGGCUCCGGACACCGUGGCGGAUUAUUUGUCCGCGUUUCGGGUCAUUUCACCGGCGGUUUUGCAACACGUUGCCAACCUGGUCGACGACAAUGGCAACACGGCGCUGCACUACAGCGUGUCUAACUCCAACUUUGGCGUCGUCAAGAAACUGCUUGAUGCAGGGGUGUGUAACGUCAAUCAACAGAACAAAGCGGGAUACACGCCCAUCAUGCUGGCCGCGCUCGCCGCUGUGGAAAGUUAUCAGGAGAUGAGAGUUGUGGAGGAGCUUUUCGCGGAAGGAGAUGUCAACGCCAAGGCCGGCCAGGCCGGGCAGACGGCUCUGAUGCUGGCGGCGAGCCACGGCAGGAGGGACGUGGCGCAGGCGCUCCUGGCACGGGGGGCGGAGGUCAACCUGCGGGACGACGAGGGCUCCACGGCGCUGAUGUGUGCGAGCGAGCACGGCCACGCCGACGUCGCCGGGCUGCUGCUGGCGCGGCCGGACUGCGACGCCACCCUGACUGACGGUGAUGACAGCACGGCCUUGUCCAUCGCUCUGGAGGCGGGACACAAUGACAUCGCGGUGCUCCUUUACGCGCGUGCCAACUUCUCCAGAGGGCAGGCGGGGGCAGCGGCUCGUCUCGGUGGCUCAACGUCUCCCUCCGUCUCUGCUGGCAGGAAUCCGUUUGAAUGAGGACAAUGGACGCCUCCUGCAUCGUCUCCGUGUGGUGAUUCUUCGGGGGGGUUUUAGACUUCUGGCUUGCAGACAGUUGACAGAAUGUUGACAUGCAUUUGCAUAACAGUAAUAUAUCACGGCAGAAUGUUUUAUUACCAACAUACUAGUUUCUUUAAUCAUUUUAUUUGUCUUUGUAAAUAAUUUAUUUAUAAUAAGACUGCAAAAUACAAUGUGGUACAAAAAAUACCAUCAAGUUAUUCAGAUUUUUGAGUAAAUAUGUAAAUGAUUAAAAAUAGAUAUCAUAAAGAAGCAUC